UGAAGUGGCACAUCUGAUGACUCACUGUAGUCUCUCUCUGUUUAUCACCGUGAUUGUAAAAGCACUCCUUUCUCUCUCUGUGGUCCACAGAGGCUCGGCGUUUUUGCAAAAUAGUGCUCCGCUGUUGAAUGGCGCCCGAAUACGCUUGCGCUGUAGGCAUUACCAACCCGCUUUCCUGCCAAAUACAUGCCCUAGAUGCAGACUCACUGCGCGGCGUCAGAUGCUGUGCGCAGGUGGGAGAGCAAAACAGUCGCGGGAAAACUGAUAAAGAAGAAGGCGAAAUGACAAGGACGGGUCUUGCAGUUGCAAGAAAAGCCUUCGUUAGACUUUGUCGCACAUAUUCUUAUGUAGUAAGCCACCUCCAUCCGCAUUAUCACACCUUUACUCUCUCCGAGUGAUGCUGAUGCUGAUGCUGCUGCUCUCUUUGCAGCAUCCUGAUCCUGAGCACUGACCCUAACAACCGCCAGGCCCCUAACUCAUCUACCUCGACAUCCCUCUUCACCCUGGUACUGGCACUGCUUCACACACACAAGAUAUAUGAGCCUGGGAGGUGGUGCUUGAGUGGAGUCCUACAGUAAGAAGUAAUGCUCUGUGUUUAGACCUUCCCUUAUUCCAAUCAUGAGUCACCAGGAGGCGCUGCAUAGCCAGGAGUUGAGAGAGGCGGCUGAGGCAGACCUGGAGCGUAGAGGCCCCGAGGGCCAACAGCCCCCCUCAUCCCACCGUAGACACAAUGACAAUGGAGAUGGCAGCUCACGCUCCGGUCGCCAUCGCAACCAACACAGCAACCACAGUACAGAGAAUAAUCACUACCAGUCCCAACAGCAGGGGGCUCCACGUUACCGCAGGUACGAGGGAUCUAACGGAGGGACGAACCGCACACGUGCAACAAGAAGGCCAGCAGAAGAAGGUGAUAGCGAACAGCAACCCGUUCAGCAACCCAUACCCAGACCUGCAGUUACACGUUACCGCAGACAGGGGGACAACGAGGCCCGAAUCCGGGCGCAGCAACAAAGACAGCGACAGCGGGAGAGUCAGCAGCGAGAUGUGGAGAGAGCCGAACAGCUCAGGCUGGAACAACAACAGCAUCUCAUCUCUCCAACACAAGCCAUGCUGCCCACUAGAGAACCAGAGGAAGCUGAGGAAGACGAAGGAGAUGCCGGCAGUGCUUUGGCUCGAUCCGCCAGCACAGAGAGUGGCUUCCACAACCACACAGACCGUGCAGAGGGGGAUGCAGUCAUGGUCCUGGAAGCAGACCCUGAAGACGAAAGCACAUACGCUGUCCCACUUCGCCCAGAAUCGGAGGAGUACACCGAGAGCGCAGAGUCUGAGCAACAGCACGGUGGUCCAGCUUACCUCCAACCCCAAUACCCACCUCAGCCACCUCCGCUACCUCGAGAGCCCCUGCCCAAUGCUGAGAGGCCCCAUGAUGCAGAGACGAUAAACCCCAACUACUCCAAUUAUGUUUACACUCAACCCAUGUACCGCAGUCCUACAGGAGUAGGAGAGCCCCGUGAAGGUGGAGCAACAGAAGAUGAGCUAUACUCAGAGCCCUACGCUGAAUGCACCCUUCAGGAGCACGUUUAUGAGGAAAUCACAGAUGCCCCCUCAACAAAAGCUGAGGGACAGACUCCACAACAGCGUAAGGUGGAGUUCAGGCUCUUCGAACGUGACUUGUACCAGCAACAGGAGGCUGUUGGGUCCAGGCUUCACCACUAUGACGAGCGAUCUGACGGAGAGUCGGACAGUCCUGAGAAGGAAGCAGAGUUUGCCCCGUACCCCCGUGCCGACAGCUGCGAGCAGGAUGAAGACAUUGACCAGAUUGUGGCAGAGGUGAAGGAGAGUCUGAGCUCACAGAGCCUGGAGCGUAUCGCUAUGGGCCUGGACAAGGACGGUAAUGCAGAAGAAGAGUUGCCUGAGUCAGAGUCCCAUGGUCAAAUGGACGAAAUCAAACACCCUGAGCCAACAAGUGAAAGAGAGUGUGUAGAGCAGCCCCCCAGAAGUCCCUCAGAAGAGCUGAGAAGAGAGAAGAGAGACGCAAUCUCACUGGCUAUUAAAGACAUCAAAGAGGCAAUAGAGGAGGUGAAGACAAGGACAGUUCGCUCGCCCUAUACACCAGACGAGCCCAAAGAACCCAUCUGGGUAAUGAGGCAGGACCUGAGUCCUACGGCAGAAUCUGACCUGCAGCCAUCUCUAGGGGCCGAUUCUCCAGGCUCAGGCUCCACCUCCCCACAGGGGGCGGAGUCUUCCAGCCGUCACCUGCCAUCACACGAGGGGAGUGACAGCUUUGAGUCUCCGUCACCAGCCAGUAAAGAGUCAAGGAGAAGUCUUGCUUCAUUCCCGACAUAUGUGGAAGUACCAGGCCCAUGUGACCCAGAAGACCUCAUUGACGGUAUCAUCUUCGCUGCUAACUACCUGGGAUCCACCCAGCUGCUCUCAGACAAGACGCCCUCCAAAAACGUGCGCAUGAUGCAGGCUCAGGAGGCUGUGAGUCGCAUUAAGACGGCCCAGAAAUUAGCCAAAAACAGGAAGAAGGCUCCAGAAGGUGAAGCUCAGCCCAUGACAGAAGUGGACCUCUUCAUCUCCACUCAGAGAAUCAAAGUGCUCAAUGCAGACUCACAGGAGACCAUGAUGGACCACCCUUUAAGGACCAUCUCCUACAUCGCUGAUAUCGGGAACAUUGUGGUUCUGAUGGCCAGAAGGAGAAUGCUUCGCUCCGACUCUGAGGAGAACAUGGAGGCCUCUGACCCGGCCCAGGACGAGAAGCGCCAAUACAAGAUGAUCUGUCACGUGUUUGAGUCUGAAGAUGCUCAGCUCAUAGCUCAGUCCAUCGGCCAGGCUUUCAGCGUGGCGUACCAAGAGUUCCUGCGUGCCAAUGGCAUCAACCCAGAGGAUCUGAGUCAGAAAGAGUACAGCGACCUCCUGAACACACAGGACAUGUACAACGAUGACCUCAUUCACUUCUCCAAGUCUGAGAACUGCAAAGAUGUUUACAUAGAGAAGCAGAAGGGGGAGAUUCUUGGGGUUGUGAUCGUGGAGUCGGGAUGGGGCUCCAUUCUGCCCACAGUGAUUAUAGCAAACAUGAUGCAUGGCGGCCCGGCUGAGAAGUCCGGCAGGCUGAACAUAGGAGACCAGAUCAUGUCCAUCAAUGGCACCAGUCUGGUGGGGUUACCCCCCUCCACCUGUCAGAGUAUUAUCAAGGGAUUGAAGAACCAAUCAAGAAUAACGCUUAAUAUUGUGAGAUGCCCACCUGUGACCACUGUCCUCAUCCGAAGACCAGACCUGAGAUAUCAGCUGGGAUUUAGUGUGCAGAAUGGCAUUAUUUGCAGUCUGAUGAGAGGAGGGAUAGCAGAGCGCGGCGGGGUGCGUGUCGGCCACCGGAUCAUUGAAAUCAAUAGCCAGAGUGUUGUGGCCACCCCUCAUGAGAAGAUUGUACACAUUCUGUCAAAUGCAGUUGGUGAGAUUCACAUGAAGACUAUGCCGGCUGCCAUGUACCGCUUGUUAACAGCCCAGGAGCAACCCGUUUACAUCUGAAGCUACGACUCUUUCCCAAGCCUCCUGCCCUGCCCUGUUGUCACCAGAUAUAACCUUAAUCUUGAUGUGAAAGUGUCAGCCCUGUGGACUGGUGACUGUGUGACUGAAUCCACUGAAGCUCUGCUCAACAUGGCUCUCUGUGACGCUUCGUUUCUCUUCACUGCCUCCCCUGAGCUCUCCAUCUCUUCUUUUCUGUUGCUCUGAGUGAGUAUGCUGUGCUGUUGUGUAAUUCCUCUCUCUGUGUGCGCUCAGCUCGCUCCAUGGAAGGAGGAAGAGAGAGUGUGAGAAAUAUUUCAAAAGCCCCAUCACAGUAAGAGGUGUCUUAAAACGAUGUACCUGUAUUUACGACACAGCAGUUUGCGAGUGAUAAAAAGUACACCUGUGUGAUCAUUAGGUGUAUAAAAUGAGAAAGGGGUUUGCCUUAUCAUACUUUUAUGCUGUUAUUUAUUCAAGCUUGGCAACCAUCAAGUGUUUUUGAUUCAAUUUUAAUUUUAAGGGCAGCUGUUAGUCUGAGGAAUAUGGUGAAAAUUUUUUGAAAAGUUCAAUCCAUGAUUUGGAGUUUGAGUUGAAUUGGUCAAAGCCCACAGGAUACUGAAUUGGAAUUGGAAAGACAAGAAAAUAAUUACAAUAUAAAGUUAUUCACUAGUCAUUACAUGUAACAAUAGCGUCAUUAAUUUGAACUAAUUAUGUCUAUAUAUUUUUUUCCCCAUACGAAAACAUUUUUUUGUUUUUAUUUGACAGUGUUGGUCUGGAAAAUCAAGUGUUUAUUUAAUUUAUUAUUAUUAUUAUGGUACCUGAAUUAAUAGUUAAUUCAUUAAAUAUAUUAAAAUAUAUACAAAUUUCUACAAGUGGCAUUUCAAACAUUAUUAAUGUUAUUUAAUGUUUCUGAAAACAGCCCAUAUGUGACCCUGCACCACAAAACCAGAGAUUUUAGAGAUAAAUGAGAUUUAUACAUUAUCUGAAAGCUGAAUAAAUAAUAUUUCCAUUAAUGUAUGGUUUGUUGGGAUUGGACAAUAUUUGGAGAUACAACUAUUUGAAAAUCUGGAAUCUGAUGGUGCAAAAAAAAAAUUCCUUUAAAGUUCUUAGCUAUGCAUAUUAAUUACUAAUCAACAAUUAAGUUUAUAUAUAUUUAUGGUAAAAAAAAAUUACAAAAUAUCUUCAUGGAACAUGAUCUUUACUUAAUAUCCUAAUGAUUUUUGGCAUAAAAGAAAAAAGGAUAAUCUUCAACCAAUUUUUUUUUCUUGCUAUUGCUAUUGCUAAAAAUAAAUAUACCCCAGGGACUUAAGACUGGUUUUGUGGUCCAGGGUCAGAUAUGUUCAGAUAUGUAUGAUCAUAUUUAUAGGUCAUUUAUACGGCAACAAAAAUAAAUAUGCAUUUUAAUUUUACUUAAAUUAAAAUUUCAAUUACAAUUCUGCAUCCUGUUUGCUGAGAAAGGGACAAAAUCAUUGAGUCCUUUAAAAAGGUUUUUUAACCGCAGUUCCUGUUAAAAUGAUGAUGAUCUUUUUUGCUCAUCUGUGGUGAAUAAUUCAGUGAAAUAAUUCAUGUCUAGUAUAUCUAGGGGCAUAUGUAUACUAGAGCACAUAGAAACUGUGGAUGAAAUGCCUUACAGAAAGAUGAUGCCAUAUUUAAAAUGGAGAUAUAUGGGGAUGCAUUUGGAGAUAUAUAUAGUCAGGCUGGGAGAAAGCAACCUAAAAAUAACUUAAAUUGUUGUGUUUUACUGCUUGUUUUUUGACAUUGAUGUGCAAUAUUUUAUUUGUUGUAAAUGACUGCAUUCCUUAUUUUUAUGCACAGAAAAUCUUCCUUCUUGUCUUGAUAAGCAUCUGUAUAUAAAAUAAUAUUGCAAAUUAAAUAUGCUCAUAUUGGUAGCAUUUUCUUUUAAACAUUUAUACUUGAAAAAAACUGAAGGUGAUAUUAAUAUUGUGUUGACAGUUUCAGGAUGGUUUUGAUGAAUUCCAUUGUGAGAUCUAAUUUAUCUUUUUUUUUUUUUUACCUCGUUAUGAAUUUGAGUCAUUACAGGCUUUUUUUUUACCAACUACAUGUUUAAUUCAUGUGUGCUACUUUUUCACGCAGUGUUUUUUCACUUAGAAUGUGUCUUAAAAGAAGUGUAUUCACUCUCAGAAAGCUGGAUUUGCUGGGAUGACUAAUCCAGUAUAAUGUUUUGGUACAGAGCAUCUCAACAUGAACCGAUUCAUAACAGACUGUGUUUCCAGAGGUUUGUCCUCUCAGACAAACAUGAUAGUACCAUUUUUGCAAGAACUGAUGUUUAUCCGUCAGCAUGCUUUGGCAAAUCUCCAUUAUUAAUUACUUGCUUAAAGACUGUCUGAAGUCUGUUAAAUAUCACUAUAUAUGUGAUUUUACAUCUGGUAAAAAAAACAGUCAGUCUGUCAAACAAGCAUAACUUGUCUUAGGAGAAGCUUGUUGCAGUGAAUCAUUGACCACUUUCCCCCAUUUUACCAUCAGGUGUGCUUGUGUGUUUCCUGGAAUUCGUUUAUAUGUGAGGAUACACUCACACUAAUGAAACUGGCAUUUGCAAAAGUAUCUCUUUCCAUCAUAUGAAUAAUACAGCAAUAUAGUUUACAUCACAAUAUGUUGACAUUACUGCAGUGUUGAAUCUGUAUUAAUAUUAUAAAUAUUGAGGUGAAUUCUAUUGCUGUGUGCAAUGGCUGUAUUUGAUGGCAUAAUGGAUCUUCGAGAUGCUACCAAACUCAUCUUGUACAACUUGUAAUUUUUGGUAAGAAAAGAUACUUCUUAUUGCUUAAAAUGUGAAAAUUCACGCCCAAACCAGAUUCUGACCUCAUUAUCACUGUAUUCUUUUUACAAGUGGAAUCAAAAGUCAUUAACACACAGGAAGGGCCUCAUGGUUCAUUGUUUUUUGCUUUAUGUGAAGCAUGGUCUUUUUGUAUGCAUUGCUAUUUAUUGUAGUGAGUGUGAUGUGUGACAAAUGACUUCAUUAUAAAAUAAAACCAGCUAGACACUAUAUACAUACAUACAUACAUAUAGACACACACACAAAUAUUUAUUUACAUAUAGCUUAAUAUAUACAGUAUAUCCAAUUAAUAUUUAUCAUGUGUACAAUAAUGAAGGUAAACUGUGCAAAAGUCUUUGACACCAGUGUUUUAUUUAAUAUUUGAAUAAUUAGGUAUAAUUCACAAACAAAUGAAAAUGUAGCUGAAUAUUUACUCAUCCUCAGGCCAUCCAAGAUGUAGAUGAUUUUUUUUCUUCAUCAGAACAGAUUUGUAGAAAUUUAGCAUUACAUCACUUGCUCACCAGUGGAUCCUCUGCAGUGAAUGGGUGCCGUCAGAAAAAGAGUGCAAACAGCUGAUAGAAACAUCACAAAAAUCCAGACGUAAUCCUCAUGACGCCAGUCCAUCAGUUAACAUUUGGUGACGUGAAAAGAUGUGUUAGUAAUAAACAAAUCCAUCAAGGCCUUUCACCUUUAAAUCAUUGAUUGUCGACAAAAUACCAAGCCGUAAUCCAUAACAAUCCUUCCUCCAGUGGAAAAAGUUCAUCAUCAUAUUGUUCAUAUUGUUCAUAUUGACAUCAUAUUGUUGUCCUCUCCCAUCUGAAUCCAGCACCAUAUUUGUUUAGAACAGUUUUGGACUGAAUUGGCUUGUAAGCAGUGCUUGAUCUGUGCAUAUUUCUUUCCUGAUUCAGACAAGGUGAAAAAUAAUACAACAUGAGAUGGAUUGGUUUCUUACAAAGAUUUUCACCUCAAGACAUUAGUUGAUGGACUGGAGUGGUGUGGAUCACUUGUAGAUUAUUGUGAUGUUUUAUCAGCUGUUUGGUCUCUCAUUCUGUCGGCACCCAUUCACCACACAGGAUCCACUGGUGAGCAAGUGACUUAAUGAUUAAUUUAUCCAAAUCUGUCCCAAUGAAAAAAAACUCAUCUACAUUUUUGAUGGCUUGAGUUUGAGUACAUUUCUACUUUUGGGUGAACUAUUCUUUUAAGGGGCAACACAUCAUAAUAUACAUGUGCAGGCUGAAUAACAUAAUUUUUGCAGGCUGAAUAACAUAAUUUUUGCCAUUGUGCUGUUUAUUGUAAAAAAGAUCCACAAUUUUAGUCCGAAUUGAAAGAGAAGCUUACAUGAAACUAUGCUUCCUGUGGCUCAGUGGUAAAGCAUUGCAUUAGCUCUGUAAAAUUGUGGGUUCAAUUCCCAGGGAACACACAUACUGAUAAAAAAGAAUAAUAAUAAUUGCCUGAAUGCACUUGUAAUUGCGUCUGCUAAAUGCAUAAAUGUAAUGCUGUUCAACUCAACAGUGCAGAUAGUUAUGUUGCUGGACAGCAAGAUUAAAGCAUCAACACUUAACCUCAGUGUACCUUCAGUGUCCCAGACUUCUGCACUAUACAGUACAGGAUAUGCUGUGUCCGACUCACAAUAACAUGCAAGCUUUAUUGAGGAAUACAUUUCAAAUAUAUAAUACUGGAGAAACAAAACGAGUGGCUUAAUGUGUUAUUGAAGUGACACCGGUAUGAAAUAGUGUAGAUACGUAACGCAGGAUGUGCAGGGCAUAGGACGGGUUCAACAGAUUCCCACCUCAUGAAUGCAAGGCCUCUGCAGAGUUUGUGGUUUAUACUGAAGUAGAAAAGGAACUGUGGCUUUGGUUAGUAUUUAUAAUGCACUUGCUCUGAAUGUAAUCACAAUUAUAUGUUUGUCAAAGUAAAAAGACACUUUCUGUACAGCAAAAGCAAUGUUUAUUUAUUUGCUAGCUUUUCUGUGAUUGAACUAUUUAGACACAUUCCUUUACCAUAGCAGGAAUGUUUGUAACAGUAUUUACGACAUUAAACGAACUACUGAGAGCGCA